AUGACGCAGUUCCAACUGCAUUGCUUAUCCAUCGAAAAUUCAGAAACAGCCAAUGCCAUUUGCAAUGCUCUGGAAAAGAAUGAAACGCUUCAACAGUUGGAUUUGGUCUGUAUAAAUGGUAUUGGGCACGAUGUUGUACAGCCAAUUCUCAAGUCGCUUGCUCUAUCGAAACUCCAGCGCUUUUCAAUGACACGUUUUUGGAAGAUGCCAGUUUUUCCUGCUAUUUGUUUGGCAGCGGAGCAAGCACUUGAGAAGAACAUGAAUCUUGUUCACUUGGAUGUCUGGGGGGGCUCUGGCGAUCUACCAAAAGAGGUGCAACACAAUGGACUUUUCCUUGCUUUGAACGCCACAGGACAGCGAACUUUGCUGCUAGAGAAUCCCGACUACAAUCACGAAACGUGGGUGGAUGCAUUGAUCCAAGUCGACAGUGUUGCCGCCUUGUAUUAUUUUCUCGCAGAGAACCCAGCCUUGAUUACUCAACUUGUCGUCCAGCAGCCCAGUCUGACCGAGCAGCCCAGCAAGCGCAAGCGUCUCUACUAUUGCCCGGCCAAGUAUUCUGAAGAAAUGAACAAGCGCUUCAAGUAA